CCUCUCUCUCGCUCCACCUGGAGGGAGUGCCCAGUCUGUGUGCGGAGGAGCUGGUCCCGGGCGACAUGGUUUCUGCGGUGGCCCCCAGCGUCGCCGUCUCUCUGCUGCUGCUCCUGAGGGCCCUGCCCGUGGCGGCCCACUCUGUGACCUUCCUGGAGGACACGGGGGGCAGCGGGGAGGCCGAGGGCUCAUCGGCCUCCUCCCCGAGCCUCCCGCCGCCCCGGACCCCGGCCCUCAGCCCCACGUCGGUGGGGACCCAGCCCACGCCCCUGGCGGGCCCCAGGCCCCCCACCAACUUCCUGGACGGGAUCGUGGACUUCUUCCGCCAGUACGUGAUGCUCAUCGCCGUGGUGGGCUCCCUGGCCUUCCUGCUCAUGUUCAUCGUCUGCGCCGCGCUCAUCACCCGCCAGAAGCACAAGGCCUCGGCUUACUACCCGUCGUCCUUCCCCAAGAAGAAGUACGUGGACCAGAGCGACCGCGCGGGGGGCCCCCGGGCCUUCAGCGAAGUCCCCGACAGGGGCCCCGCCGGCCGGCCCGAGGAGGCCCUGGACUCCUCCCAGCAGCUGCAGGCCGACAUCCUCGCCGCCACCCAGAACCUCAAGUCUCCCGCCCGGGCCGCCCCGGGCGCCGGGGACGGAGCCAGGGGGACGGAGGGCAAGUCGCAGGAGGAGAAGCGCAGCCAGGCGGGGGCCCAGGAAGCCCAGGGACGCGGGGACCCUGCGGAGAAGCCAGAGGUGCUGGAGGAGCCGUGCCCAGUGCUGGCUGACGGGGCUCUGGUGGCCGGCGAAGCCCAAGGGGAGCCAGAAGCGGCUCCCUCAUCAGCCCAGGAAGCCGGGGACCCAGCUGGUCCCCCCGAAAGCUCCUGUGCUGGCAGCAGUGUCCCCCCCAGUGUCUAAGAGGCCUCCAGGGCUGCCCGCCCUGACUGUCAGACCACUAUUGGUCACCUUCUUGGGCAUGCAAAGGCCUUUGGUCCUUACUGCUCCCGGACACCCCCUCCUCGGCC